CUCCACCACCGCCCCUAAAAAACCCCAACAACCAUAAAUGGAUCCCCGCAAAAUCCACUCGCCCGCCUCAAUUCCUCCGUAAAUAUUUCCGCCCAGAAAAAUUAGGAAAAGAAAAAAAAAAAGGAAAAUGAUAAAAGCCGCGCUCAAUGGACACUACGGUAGCGACGUCACUGGCGCCGUCGGCACUGUCACCCUCGACGGCGGCGACGUGAAACUCAAAGCUUCCAUCACCGACGCCUGCUUCGUCAAUGGACCUUCCUUGAACGGCCUCACUCUCUCCGUUGAGAAGCCUGCAUCCUUCACCAUCGACUACAACUUCCCUAAUAAAGACGUGAGGUUUCAAUUUAUGAAUACGGUGAGGGUAAUGGAGAGGCCGUUGAACUUGACGUACACGCACUGGAAGGGGGAGAAUCGGACGGCAUUGGAUGGGACUUUUCUGAUAGACUCGGCUAACAAGGUUUCUGCUUGUUAUGGUUUUCAUUCGGAUAAUGAUUGCAUGUUGAAGUACAGUUAUACUCAUGACGGCUUGACUACUGUGGAGCCCAGCUAUGAUUUCGGGAAGAAUGCGUGGGAUUUUGCUGUUUCCCGUAGGAUUUACGGGAAUGAUGUGGUUAGAGCUUCCUAUCGGAGCUCCACUAAGGUGUUGGGAUUGGACUGGACCAGGACUUCUAGCUUAAACGGGAGUUUUAAGAUAUCUGCAGCUGUGAACUUGGCUGAGGAGUCGAAAAUUCCAACAUUAAGUGCUGAAAGCACCCUGAAUUUCGAUCUGUAAAAUUUCUGUUUGAACAGCCUGUGCAGCAUAUAGAUAGUCCAUACAAUUGGCUACUGUUUCAGCUCAUUCUUAUACUUGAUCUGUAUCAGAAGUUUUAAGUUUUGCCUUUCCAUAUACCGCCAUAGCAACACAAAGCAGGAAGUCGGAAAGUCUUUCAAAAAAUGGCCGUCUUUACAAUUGUGGCAUGACUUGAGGCAUGCUCCUUCGUUUA